UAUUUCGACACCACUGCUGCUCUCGUAUUGCCCAUGAUACAUUAGAGAAUACGAUUGUAAUCUCUUCGUAAUCUGAAGACAGACGCUAAAUCCCUCUAUUUAAAUUGCUUUAAAACUAUUAAUAGCCUCGCUCUCAGAUGAGAGCAUCAUAGCCGACAAAACAUCGUAAUAUUCCUCGAUUAGAACGAGGUGACUCCCAAGGCGAACGGUAUUCGGUCCGUUCACCUAUGGUCUGGCAGGUUUUUGACCAAGGCUACGGAUAAAAUGUGGGAUGAAGUUGCUCGGUCUGCGCCGGUUAAGUAUGGCGCUGUCAUAGCGGUCACAGUGAUCUGCGUUGUUCUGUUGAGAAAAUGGAUUGCUGGGGGUGUGUGUCAAUCUUCAGUCCAAUUACGUGGCAAGACGGUGUUGGUCACCGGUGCCAACACCGGCAUUGGCAAGGAAACGUGCCAUGACAUGGCACGUAGAGGGGCGCGGGUGGUGAUGGCAUGCCGGGACCUGACACGGGCUGCGAGGGCGGCGGAUGAGAUUCGUCAGGCCACAGGGAACAGCAACAUCGUAGUGCGGCACCUGGACCUGGCCUCUAUGUACUCUGUCAGAGAGUUGGCCAAAGAGUUCAUUGCCAGUGAGGAUCGCCUAGAUAUACUCAUCAACAACGCUGGUGUGAUGAUGUGCCCUAAGUGGCUAACAGAGGACGGCUUCGAGACACAACUGGCUGUCAAUCACCUCGGACACUUUCUACUGACCAAUCUCCUUCUGGGGAAGCUCAAGAGCUCCGCCCCUAGCCGCGUGGUCAAUGUGUCUAGCAUUGCCCACAAAGGGGGUAAGAUCCAGUUUGAUGAUCUUUUCUUUGCCAAGAGGCCGUACAACUCCCUGGUCAGUUACAGGCAGAGCAAGCUGGCCAACGUGCUAUUCUCCAGAGAGCUGGCCAGAAGGUUGAAAGGUACGGGGGUGACGUCCUACAGCCUGCAUCCCGGGGUGAUCAGGACAGAGCUGACUCGUCACGUGGAGACCUGGUUCCCCAUGCUGAGGGCCAUCCUGUCAGCCCCCUCCGUGCUCCUCAUGAAGACCCCCACCCAGGGUGCCCAGACCUCCAUCUACUGUGCUGUCACCCCAGGACUGGAGCACAAGUCUGGCAGCUACUUCAGUGACUGUGCCAUGACGGACCGCCCCAGGGGGAGGGAUGAUGCGGUGGCCAAGAGGCUUUGGAAGGAGAGUGCCCGUCUGGUGGGUUACAUAGAGAAAGAAUGAACAACCCCCUCCACCUGAAAACUAUAGAGAAAGACUGAACAACCUCCUCCACCUGCAAACUAUAGAGAAAGACUGUACAACCUCCACCUUCAAACUAUA